GGCUGAGCAAGGAGGCGCGGGCGUGAGGUUUCUGGAAGCUGUGGGGCGCUGCUCCUUGGGGCCAGGGUGUCUCCGCGGCGAAUACGUAGCCUGAAGAGACGGCGGACGAAGGAGGAGGCGGCGGCGGCGAAGGCGCCGGCAGCGGGAGCAUGAACCACAAGAGCAAGAAGCGCAUCCGCGAGGCGAAGCGGAGCGCCCGGCCGGAGCUCAAGGACUCCCUGGACUGGACCCGGCACAACUACUGCGAGAGCUUCCCGCUUAGCCCGGCAGCUUGCAAGGACAAUGUGGAAAGAGCAGAUGCACUCCAUUUGUCAGUGGAAGAAUUUAUUGAACGUUUUGAGAAGCCUUACAAGCCGGUUGUCCUCUUAAAUGCUCAGGCAGGAUGGCCAGCUCAAGAGAAAUGGACCCUGGAGCGUUUGAAACGCAAAUACAGGAACCAGAAAUUCAAGUGUGGGGAGGACAAUGAUGGGUACUCUGUCAAGAUGAAAAUGAAAUAUUACAUUGAAUACAUGGAGACUACACGGGAUGACAGCCCCCUCUAUAUAUUUGAUAGCAGCUAUGGAGAGCACCCAAAGCGUAGAAAACUCUUGGAGGAUUACAGGGUGCCCAAGUUUUUCACAGAUGACCUGUUCAAGUAUGCAGGCGAGAAGAGAAGGCCGCCUUACAGAUGGUUUGUGAUGGGUCCACCUCGAUCAGGUACAGGCAUCCACAUUGACCCUCUGGGAACCAGUGCCUGGAAUUCCUUAGUCCAAGGAUACAAGCGCUGGUGCCUCUUCCCUACCAGCACUCCCAGAGAGUUGAUCAAAGUGACUCGUGAGGAAGGAGGAAACCAACAAGAUGAAGCCAUCACUUGGUUCAGAGUAAUAUAUCCAAGGACUCAGCUUCCCACUUGGCCUUCUGAGUUCAAACCCUUGGAAAUUGUGCAAAAACCAGGAGAGACUGUCUUUGUACCAGGUGGCUGGUGGCAUGUAGUUCUCAAUCUUGACACAACUAUUGCUGUCACUCAGAACUUUGCCAGCUGUACAAAUUUCCCUGUGGUGUGGCACAAGACAGUAAGGGGAAGACCAAAAUUAUCAAGAAAAUGGUACAGGGUCCUAAAACAGGAACAUCCUGAGCUGGCUGCACUAGCAGAUUCUGUUGACUUACAGGAAUCAACAGGCAUUGCUUCUGAUAGUUCUAGUGAUUCGUCCAGCUCUUCAAGUUCCAGUUCUUCAGACUCUGAUUCAGAGUGUGAUUCUAGCUCUGAGACGGAAGGAAUGAUGCAUAGAAGGAAAAAGCGAAGGACAUGCAGCAUGAUGGGGAAUGGCGAUACAAGCUCCCACGAUGACUGCGUGAGCAAAGAGCGCAGCUCCUCCAGGAUUAGGGAAUCUUGUGGAAGCCGUGCUCAUCCCUGAAAGAUAACAAGACACAUCUAAAGGCAGUUGCAGCCAGCCAGCAGUCUUCUAUUCUUCUUAUCAGCUGUAUUCUUGGAGCUUUCUCAAGUCUUCACCACUCCUUUUUAUUAUUAUUUUUAAAUCCAAACUUCUAUUUGCCAAUACCUGCUGAUUUCUUGCUUACUAAAGGAGAAAACUAGAGAUUUCUAUGUUCUCAAAACUUUCUGCACUCCAUCAAACAAGAUUUGUUAUACAUCAGAAGACAAUGUCGCCCUCUGCGAGGCUGUGUUGUGGCUCACAACUCUGUGCAGUCGGCAAAAGAAAAGGGGGAAUAUCUAUUCAAAACAUAAUCUUAAAAAUAAGCAGGUAGCUCCUGGAAGCCUGUGUCCUGUUCCAACAUUGUCAUAUGUUUACAAGUUGAGUUCUCAUGCACUACAACUGGAGGUCAGAACUGUAACCUCUGCUGCAUGUAACAAGUCAGCAGAUCCUUUAACUAGAGCACAAGAAGAGACACUGUGUUAGUUAUAUCCAACUAAGGACCCUUCUGUUGUGUAAAAAAAUGAUCACCCUGUAAGAAGCACCUUUUUGUAGUUCUUAAUUUGUUGAUGACACCAAACCAACCAUGGACUAAUAAGAUUUGUGAGAUAUGUAAUGUCUGAACCAGCAGUCCAUUUCCACAAUUACAUAUGCUUUCUAUUUUAAAGAAAAGCUGGUGGAUUUUGUAAUAGGUUUGUGAGUUUGCCCCAGAAAAAGUAGGUAUGGAAGAAGCUGUAGUUGCCUCUUUUACCUCUCCCUGUGGGAGCUUCUGGAAACAUUAUAUGAAGGUAAAGCUUUUUUAUAUGGAGUGUAUGGAGUCUGAAAAAAUACAAUAAAAAUCCCAUUUUAUGAAGAACUG